AUUUUUGCCAGUGUGAUUUUAUUAUUCGCUGAGCGAGCUGCUCGAGCCCAUAUCGCUUCCAGGAAGGUCUAUAGCACGCCCCUCGAGAAGAUUUUCUACCCUAUCACCUAGUACACCAAAAGCGACUACAUAUACCCCCCUGCUUCCCGCAAUAUAAACACAGUAUAGAAUAAAAAGCGACGUGUGGCCCUCCUGAUUCUUUCACCUUCAUCUAUAAUCGUAAAGUGAUGACAUAAUCUGCUCCAAUCAAGUUUCUUUGUCUUUCCCUUCCUUCUGUUCUAAUUCGUAUGUUGAAGAUGCACAUCCCGUCGUCUAGCGCUUACAUCAAAGCCAUGGCAGACCAGAAGAAGAACGCGAGUAGCUCCUACUUAUCUCCCCCAAGCAGCACCUCCUCCCCGCCGCAGCAGGGAGGUAGAGCGUCGAACAGCCCCGGGGAGAAAGACAAAGAACCGCCGCAACCAUUACCGCGCCGGUCUUCUGGAACAGGGUCAUCCAUCAGGUCCUCAGCCUCCAAAGCCGAAGAAAAACUCCCCGAGCUGGUGAAGUCCUUCGGGCAGGCGAUCACGUUGGAACUGGGAAAGAAAAAAGCGAUCAUUUCCUCCAUUUUCGAAAAAGAGGAAACGGAACUGGUGCAGAAGAGAAGAGAGUUUGCAGACAAGGAGAUAAAGAUAAUUGCAAGUAGAACUUUUAGUGAAGAUGCUGGACGAAUCAAACAAGAUGAACUUGAGAACGCGACGAGCAGUGAAGAUGCUAAGGGUCACGCCGGGGGUGGUGGUGCGGCAGGAAUCUUAGAAGUGGGCACCGGUGGAGCUGCGGCGUCGUCGUAUGCAUUGCAAAUAUGUCUGGGUCUGGAAACUUGUGAUGCUAAGAGUGAAUGCGAGUUCCACUCCAAUACGAAGCCAAGCAUGACAAAUUUUUGGGCUCCUGUGUGUUGCGUGUUCCUCAUGGCAAACUGCGUUUUUGCAUGACAGGCAAGAGGGCCACUGCGUGCCCAUGCAUCACAGAUUCUUGAGUCAUGUCAGACAAGCAUGACAAAUGUAGCAAUCUUCCAGACCCAGACAUUUUUGCAUUUGAUACGUCGGGCGAUUUUACAACUUCUACCACAACACGCACAGCAGGACCUGCAAGCACAAAUUCACCUUGUUCCUCCAAAUGCAAAUACAUCGGCUCUGCCCUCCCCUUCCCGCUCCGGCCUACAACCUCGAAUUUACUCACGAAGGAAGAGCUCGAAUCUGCCGAAGAACUCGCUUUCGCAACGUGGUGUAAAGCGACGAGAGAACACAUCUCUAAAGCGAACGACGCCACCGUUAAUAAUUAUAACGCAGGAACAUCAAAUAAUUACGCGUACUACACCAGCAUCCCUCCUGUCGAAUACAACCUGGACGUGUGGCGGCAGCUGUGGCGCACGACCGAGCAGUCAACGGUCUUGAUCCUCUGUGCGGACGCGCGGAACCCUUUGAUGCACAUCCCGUUCUUGAGUAAAGAGGCCGUGAAAGGGAAGCAGCUGCUUCUCGUGUUGACGAAAGUAGAUUUGAUCAGCACUGCUGAUUUCGAAAAGUGGCGGGAGUUCUUCACCAGGACUAAGGCGGCCAGAAGUCCUGCUAUAGGAGAUGAAAGUCAAAGUGGUGAGCAGUUUCAUAAAUUCGAUCUACCAGAAUUCGCCGCGGUGUUUCCGUUUACAAAGCAACCGCAUUUAGACGAAGAAUCCCACGAAGCAUUCGUGGAGAAUAUCGGGGCGAACUUCCGGAGAAAACGGCUCAAGAACCCGCCUGCCGGGAAAAAGGUCGACGUGCGGAAAAAAGUGGACGCAUACGCGAACGCCAUUGUGGAUAAAGCGAUUGAAUUGUCAACUACAACAUCAUCUGCGGUAGUUUUGUCCGGCGAUGAGCAAGCCGUUGACCGACCAAAACCAAAACGCGGCGGACCACACGACAAGAGCACAAACAAAAUCACCAUCGGCUGCUUAGGCCACCCGAACGUCGGGAAGUCCAGCCUCUUGAACGCGAUUCUCGGCGUUCGCCGACUGAGCGUGUCGCGGACCGCAGGGCACACCAAACAUGUGCAGCACAUUUUUCUAGACAGUGAGAAACAGGUUGAACUGCAGAAGGAGAUGAAAAGAAACAAAUCAAAGUCCCCACAGGGCGGCCAAGCGCAAGCCACCACGAUUGAUGGCCCAAUAACAGCAGUGCUCCCCUCUGUGUCUGUGGCGCAGCAGGUGCAAAACUUCGAGAACCUCUCGAAAUCUGAGAUGAAGAAAAUGAAAAACGAAAUGCGCACCGACUACCGGGAACUGCAGAAAAGCGGCGUUUCCGGGGCGGGAGGUCGUGUGGCCGGCGCCGCGUCUAAAAUGACACCAGGAGGACCUGAUGAAACUACAGAGACGAAAAACGUGUCCGCCCCGACUUUAAGCACAGCGGAGGGAAACCGGCAGAAGCAGAAAAACAAGCGGAGACGAGCGAAAAACAAAAACAACGACUUGGACUUCACGCCGGAGAUCCGCGGUGAAAAUAACGGAGAUAAGGUUGUCGACCAAGUCAAUUAUUUGCAGCAAAAAUUGGAUCAUGGCGCUGAGGCGUCAGAUGAUCAGAAAAAAUCUGGCGAAAUCAUAGACGAUGCCACGCGUGGUCCUGCAGGAGGUGAAGAGCCUAAGAACAUCACUUCAGCCGAAAACAAAGACAAAGACGCCGACCAGCAACUGGUCGUGAUGGACUGUCCGGGGCUCCUGUUUCCAAGAAAGCACUGCCCACGGACUGUUUACGAACUUACCGGGUUGCUGCCUAUCGCGCAGGUCCGAGAAACCUAUUCCGCAGUGCGGUUUCUGUUUGAGGAGGCGAAAGUGCCGCUCGACAAAAUCUACGGGGUGACUAUUGACAUGAUCGACGACGACAGCUGUAAGGCAAAAGCGAAGAACUUGUGGACCCCGCAGUCGUUCUUAGAGGUCUAUGCGGACAAAAAGAACUACACUUUUAUGACCCGCUCAAACGUUACAAUCUCAAACGUUACAAUAGAAUCUGGGUUUUGUAUUGCAUGACGAGCAUGACAGACUCGGACAGCAUUCCACUAUCUGCAAUACAAAUUUCGCCAGAUUGUAGUGCGGAUUGGGACUCCAGAACUUGUCAUGCGCAAUCCUAUGGGAGUAAGCUAGAUAAUGCACUUCUUGCAACACAAAUUCCAGAUUCUAUUGUAACGUUUGAGAUUGUAACACCUGAGCGGGUUAUAACUUUGGCAAGGUCCGGAGCGCCGGACGUCCACCGCGCGGGGCUCGAGAUCAUUAGAGAUUGUGUGGAUGGAGUGGUCUGUUGGCAAGAGAAACCUCCGCCGGAAUAG